AUGUCUACCGGCCAGCACAAAAAUCCUCAGGCGGUGCGACAACAUCUAUCACCGACCACCAUGCCAACCUUGAUCACCGACUCCGACUGGGUGCCACAACCGGCAAUAGUGAGGGAUCCUCUCCAGUUCGAGGGCCGUGAUAUCAAGAUCGCAUUGGAUGUACACCCUCAACAAGAUUUCCUCUUGAACAGCGAACUACUACUCGACCUUUCGACGUUCUUCAACGGCAGCAAAAAGGACUGGGCGCACAACGCCAAAGUUGUGCAGCGCCCAGCCACUGAGGCAGAGCUACAGAAGGAACCAGAACAGCUGACGAGGGACGUCAACAUUGUCACGUACCACCUCGCCAAGGUUCAGGAACGCGUCUACAUGCUCGAGACGAAGCCACCACGGACCAGAGAUGACGUCGACAGAUCGGCGCAGUACGGGUCCAUGGUGUGCCUCUUCUACCUUUCCGAGUUGGCACACGGCUUCCUACCACGCAGCACGGACACGAACUUCGUUCCCGCGGAUGGCACGGGAGCAGGCCUUGCAAGAGCGAGGUACGAACAUGGCGUGCUAUUCCGUUUGCUCUUCAAGCGCUACCACGAGAUUGGCCUGUCGGAUCUCGACUACACUGGUCUGGCCGAUUUGGUAGCUCUUGCAGAGGCCUACGAUAUCGUCGAGUUCGUGGCACCCGCCAUCCGUGAGGACCUUCCCAAGCGCAAAGACCUCUGGCAGGACGUCAGAAAGGAGUACAAGUUCCACCUGGCGCUCUCGAUCAAGCUCCGUUGCGAGGCGGUAUUCUACGACGCCCUUCGCCACCUCAUCGGAAGCGGUGACAAUCUCUCCACUCUAGUGGACAAGCUCGACUUUGACCUGGCUGAUGCUUUCAAGAUCGCCAUGAAGCGUGAGCAGCUAAGGAAAGCAGAGGACCAGCUCAGAAAGGACCUGCAAGCACUAACCCUCGCAACCUACAUUCCUCACGCGCGCAAGAACGACAACCCCGAUCGUGUGAGAACUACCCACGCUUCCAGCCAAAUCGAGAUAGAGGACCGGAACCGCGCUCAGGAGCACGCGCACUCCCUCAUCCUCGAGACCUUGGCGCAUCAUCUCGUGGGCCAGACCCACUGGUCUCAUGUCCGAGAGUACAGAAAUUUCCCGACAGGCGUGUUCAGCCAGAGCUCACUGCGAAACUUCUGCAACGCAGUCACCCAAGCAUGCCAGACCGACACUAUCCUUGAGCUCUUCGCUCCAGAUGCCGCCAACGACAUCGAGGCAACUGACGAGGAGUACAACGACGGCAAGAAGCCAUAUCUCACUCUUGCCGUCGAAGACGAGAUCAAGAAAGUCAUCACACAAAUGGCAAACACCGCCCUUCCAUACAUCGCACCACCCGACUUCCGCCCGGUGACUGCGUGCACAAGCGCAGACAGCCGCGACAGCCGCGGCCUCGGACAGAAGAAAGACGAAGAUAAGCCCAGUCACUUCCUCCUCUCGCAGGCUCCUCCCCCGAAACCAGCACCGCGUGGCAUGCGGCCAGGAACGCGCGGUAAGUAUGAUCGUGGGCCGCGUACUCACAUUAAGAAGUUCAAGCGUGUGGGUAUGACGGCUAAUGAUGACUCGGACUGUCAUUAUUUCACGUGCGUUGAGUUCGGGGACGAGGAGCUGGGGCUGCGUCCUUGGGGGGAGGAUGAUGAGGGGUAUAGGUUGGAGGGGUUGGAGGCUGCUUCGGAGGAGUGGAAGGGGAUGGUUGGGUUGGAUGUGGAUGGGUUGGCGCAGUGA